AUGUACGCCUUCGCUUCUUCCUCCUAUCUGAAACCACAGGAACGAAUCUCGGCUUCAGAAGAUGAAAUCGAUUGGGUGAAGACUCAGAUCGAAAUGAAUGGACUGCAUAUGCAUGAUAAUGUGCUCUGCAAGGGUAUCAAUCCUCGUACUCGCGCCCAACAGCUUCACGAUUUGAUCCAGUACAAAGGGAUAUCACAUUAUGAACAAGAGGAAGAAGCAAAGAACCACACAGCCUUUCCAUGUCCAGAAAGAGACGAGCUCUCUCUCAUGGCUGCAUUUAGGUAUGAACUUCCUGCACAAGGGUUGCUUUAUAAACAUCCUUUUAUCUUGAAAGGUGAAGAUAUGGAGUUUGUUAGAUUUGGGUCUGGAUUUAUGUAUGAUUUAGUGUAUGCAAGUGCUGUGUUUCUUCAUAUGCCUGAUAAGCUUGUAUGGGUUGGAUUAGAGAGAUUAGUGGGUCGAUUGAAGCCUUUGGAUGGAAGAUUAUUUGUGUCUCAUAAUGUUAAGUUUGUGGAAACCAUGUAA